AAUAAGCCUUAUCACCACAUAUUUUAAUUAUUUUUGAAGAUUAAAAAAGAACCUGGCGCAAAUCAAGCUGCCCAAAGACAGCAGAAGGGGUCAGAGCUGUGACUUUUUGAACACCAAGUUCUGAUUUCAUGCUUAUUAAUUGACAAAGUUGCAGUGGUCUGGUCAGCUACCUAGCAUACUCAACCUGGUUCAUCAAUUUCUGUUUGACACCAAAUCCACAUCAUGAGCUCCAAGGAAAGCCAGAUUGGGGCAUUCACCAAUGGAGAGGACAGUCUUUCCCAGUAUGCAAUGCAACUGGCCACUGCAUCAGUGUUGCCCAUGGUAUUGAAAGCAGCAAUAGAGCUUGGUGUGCUUGAGAUUUUGGAUAGAGCUGGUCCUGGAGCACUUCUUUCUACUUCCCAAAUAGCAUCCCAGCUACCCACUCACAGCAAUCAAGACAAGUCUUUGCUUCUUGACUGUAUGCUCAAGCUUCUUGCUAGCCACUCUAUACUCACUUGUUCUAUUGCCACCCCUCAGCAUGAUGGCCAAGUUUCCAGGCUUUAUGGUCUGGCACCUGUUUCCAAAUACUUCAUCAAAGAGAAGGAUGAAUUUGGAGGAUCACUUGCACCCUUCUUAGAUUUGUUCCAGGACAAAGUCACGAUGAAUAUCUGGUACCAUUUGAAAGAUGCAAUUUUGGAAGGAGGAAUUCCAUUUUCCAGGGCUUAUGGGAUGGAAGCAAAUGAGUACGCUAGGAAGGAUGACAAAUUCCGUGAAAUUUUCAUGGGCUCAAUGAAAGAUUUGAACCCAUUAAUUAUGAAGAAGAUUCUUGAGAAAUACAAGGGCUUUGAAGGUCUGAAAUUGCUGGUGGAUGUAGGAGGUGGUGAUGGCACUCUCCUUAACAUGAUCAUCUCCAAGUACCCUACCAUUAAGGGUGUCAACUUUGACUUGGCCUCUGUUAUAGAAAAGUUACCCUCCUAUCCUGGUAUCGAGCACAUUGUGGGAGACAUGUUUGUAAGUAUUCCAAAAGGAGAUGCCAUUUUUAUUAAGUGGGUACUCCAUCAUUGGGACGAGAAACAAUGCUUAAAGGUAUUAAAAAAUUGCUAUGAAGCACUACCAGACCAGGGAAAAGUGAUAGUAGUAGAUAUGGUGAUUCCAGAAGCCCCUGCAACUACUGGUGAUGAUAAAAGCUUGUUUCAGUUAUAUUCGUUCCUGAUGAAUACAAACCCUAAGAGAAAGGAGAGGACAGAAAGAGAAUUUGAAAGAUUGGCAAAAGAUGCAGGAUUUUCGGGUCUUCUGGGGGAGAAUUUUCAGUCACCAACUCAUCAUUCACAAGCCGAGUAUGCUAGACGUGUUAUUGAAAAAGAAAUUUCUAAGUCACCAACGCAUCCACAAACCAAGACUACCGAGUAUUCUGCAACAAAGCAUGUUCCUCCAGAACUAAGGUAUUCUGCAACAAAGGAUGUUCCUCCAAAACUAAGGUAUUCUGCAACAAAGGAUGCUCCUCCAGAACUAAGGUUGGCUAGAAUCCAUAAGUUUAUUGUCAAGAACGGAGAGGCAGCAAAAUCUAAGACUUUGGGGGAGUUGGCUGAGGACCUUAGGGCUUGGGGAAUUGGAGGUAUUUGGAGCGAAUUGGCAGAAGCAAAAGGAAAUAAAGUUGUGAAGAAAGAUUAAUGUGAAAUUAGAAUAUUCAUGUUUCCCGCUUGUUAACCAACUAUUAACUUUUUGCCUAUGAUAGCUACUUCAAGACAAAACCUGAUCUUACCUUACAACUAGUAUUAUACCUUAGUGAUGUAAGCCUUAAUUAAAGAUUACAUGUAGAUAAAUCAAAACUAAAUUAAUAUUUAGUGGGUAGUUGGAAACUUUAA